CUGCAGGUAUGGACGAACGAUCAAAUGACGAAAACAAUCACCCUUACAAUACAGUGAUAAAUGACUCGAUCGAUAUAUCCGAUAUUGAUGAAGAAAUUGACGAAGCAGUAGUAGUGGAGGAACUAGUUCAAUCAGACGAAGACGAACAAAUCGAAAAUAAUCAGAAAAUUCAGUGCAUUCAAAAACAACAGCCAAUAGCGGAUAAUUCAAAACCCACUACAAAACAACUAGAAACCCCAGUAAAAACGAAAAAACGUUCCAAAAAAAGAAAACUUUCCCACAGAGCUGCCAGACUGGAAGAAGUGCACUGUAAGGAACAUUGCAUAGAAAGAAUUGAUACACAGUUAUCCAUCUCAAUAAAAAAACUCGCCAUUCAUGAAAAGCCUCCGGUGAAUCUUCCUCCGCUUCAACUCCACCAACGGAAAUGCUGCGACGAUAUCAAACUCUCAAGCAGUGAUCGUAAUUUGCCUAAAUACAACGGGUACCGAUCCGAAUAUGGAUUAACAUCGCGCCAAAUAAAAAAUAGAAACAGAUACGUGGAAAUGAUGAGACAAAAGCAACUUUCAAGGCAAAAGUUAAUUGAAGAGUACCGGGCUUUGAAAUUGCAGCAAAACGAAAAAGUGUUUUGUCAAUGGUUACGGGAAGUCUCCAGUAGGAACAAAGAACAAAACAUGAGGAAUCAGAACGCAAAACAUGGCAGCCAAGGUGUUAGUCCGAGUUAUCUGAGUUCUAGUACGUUGGUCGUAAGUAAAAUGGGAAAACCCAAACAGCGACCCAAAACAGCGGAAUAUGUACCGAAAACUCACAUAAAGAAGGCAAUUAGGCCGCAUACUACCCAGUCGUGUGUUUACAUCGAAGUUUCUCCAAAACUUUUAAACCAGGGUAUUCACAUUGGCGAUUUACUGAUCACUAAUUCGAAGAAACUUAGCAAAAAAUUACAUAUUUUAACAGUAUCUUAACGAAAUUUUUAAACGAUCUUUUCUGAUUUGAAUUUAUUUAGUUCGACUCAGACCUUUAUCUGCUUGUUCCAGCUGAGUAAGGCAAAUUUGAAUGUUGGGAUGGAUAAUAAUGGGACUUAAUAAAUAAAAGAAUUCUGAAGCA